AUGCAUCAGCUGACGUUUGUCUGCCUGGCCGCCCUCCUGAUGGCCGUCACCGCCUCCUACAACCACGGCGGAUACGCCCUGAGCAAAAGCCACGGCAACAGCUACGGCGGCUACGGCCACGGCUACGGCUACGGCGGCAUUGGCGGCUAUGGCCGUGGAGGAUACGGCUUGGGAGGAUAUGGCCGUGGAUCCUACGGCAACGGUUACGGCCACGGCUACGGCGGCUACGGCUAUGGCAACAAUUACGGCCAUGGCGGCUACGGCUACGCCCAGAGCAGCAGCCACGGCAACAGCUAUGGAGGCUACGGACAUGGCUACGGAAAUGGCUACGGACAUGGCUACGGGUGA